AUGGAUAGGUUAAAGGCUAAAGCUACAGUCAAACUUCAGAAUUUGAAGUUAAAACCGCUGGACACAACUCCAGUACCUUUAUCUCGUCGUUUUCCUUUUUCAAAUUUGAAGCUGAGGAAAAUUAAGGCGUCGUUGAAAGGUAGAUACACUAAUGACAAGAGCACCGCUGUUGUUAUCCUUUCCGUCAACGCUGGCGAUCUAAAGCUCCGCUCCUCUAUGACUGACGUCACUGUCGUCAAGGGUCCCAGCCUGAACGGCUUGACUCUUGAUGUUGAGAAACCCGACUUCUUCAUCACCGACUAUGACGUCCCCAAAAAGAAUUUUCGAUUUCAGUUUAUGAACUCAGUUAGGGUUGCAGAUAAGCCGUUGAAGCUGACUUAUAUUCACAGCAGAAGGGACAACCGGACCGUGGUGGACGGGUCACUCGCGUUCGAUUCUGCUAACAAACUGUCGACUAAUUACAUGCUUGGUACGAGAAACUAUAUGCUCAAAUACAGUUACAUGCACAAAGGGGUUACAACUCUGGAGUCAUGUUAUGAUUAA